AUGGUUAAAUCUCAUUUUCUACACGAUCGAUCAGAUGCUAUAUGGAAACUGUAUGAAGCAUUGUUCAUCGAUCCUAAGAAACACGAGGCAUUGUGGUGCAUGGGUAGUGCUCUGACUUCUCUUGCUAUUAUGACUCCAAAUGAUCAUAUAGCUAAAGAUAAUUUUGAUUCGGUUUAUACUUACUUCCAAAAGGCAACUGCUGAUGCAAGUUUCUCUUUAACAAUUGAUUUUUUUUUUUUAAUUCGCUUGAUGUAUAAUCGAUUAUUGAUUGGCUGUAGCAGGAUCCAGGCGAUUGAAUCACAUGAACAAGCUAUGUCGUCAGGAGCAUCAAAAUCUUCCUACGCCAAGGUACGGGUAGUAUCCUCUCCUCCCCAGUCACGUGAGGGCAAAAAUGUCAUUUUACUUGCUGAUGAACGGAUUUAUGUGCAGUUAUCGGUUGUUCUUGCUGUAACCAUUGUGGGGUGUGUAAGAUUUGCAAAAGCUAAUGUGCAUCCACCUCAAUGA